UUCAUUUAAUAAGUUGUUUAUUUAGCAUCCAAUUAUGUCCGGCGAUGCUGGUGACCAGAAAAAGAAGAAAAUUGCAGUCGUGAGCGUCUCCGCUCUGAUCUUGGUGGCGAUGGUGGUGGCUGUUGCCGUCGGUGUCAGUAACCCUCACGACGUCGAUCACGAUGACGGUCACGAUACGGAGUCCGACGAUGGCCACCAAAUUACAACGUCGACAAAAUCAAUCAAAUCCAUCUGCCAACCCACUGAUUACAAAGACGUUUGCGAAGAAAGCCUUGCGACGGAGGGCGUAACCGCGACGGACCCGAAAGAGUUGAUCAAGUCGGCGUUCAAAAUAGCCACGAAUCACAUAAACGCGGCGAUUCAAAACUCCACGACUUUGAAAGAGCUGGCCAAAGAUCCACGAGCCAACCAAGCCUUACAAAACUGCCGCGAGCUCCUCGAAUACGCCAUCGACGACAUCAAAGAGUCGUUCGAACGAAUCGGCACAUUUGAAGUGGGCAAAGUCAAAGAGUUCAUUGACGAUUUAAAAAUCUGGCUGACUGGUGCCUUGACCUACGAGGACACUUGUUUGGAUGGGUUCGAGAACACCACCGGCGAAGCGGGCGAGAAAAUGAGGCAGUUUUUGAAGUCGUCUCAGCAACUUACCAGUAACAGUUUAGCCAUGGUUACCGAAUUGGCCAACAGUUUGGGCAAUCUUCAGAUUCCCACAUUGGGCCGUCGGCUCAUGGCCGAAAACGACGCCCCAGAAUGGGUCAGCGACACCAAUAGGCGACUGUUGCAGGCUGGGCCGGUGACGGUUAAGCCCAACGUAGUGGUAGCGCAGGACGGAAGUGGGAAAUACAAGACCAUUAAUGAGGCUUUGGUUGAAAUUCCCCAAAAGAGUAACGUCACGUUUGUGAUCUACGUCAAGGCCGGUAUUUAUAAGGAAACUGUUGUCAUUACGAAUGCUAUGACCCACGUCACCAUGUACGGAGAUGGCCCCACCAAAACCGUCGUCACUGGUAGCCUCAACUACAUCGACGGUGUUCAAACUUUCAAGACCGCCACCUUCGCGACUAUUGGUACCAAUUUCUUUGCAAGAGAUAUGGGUUUCGAGAAUAGCGCUGGGCCUGCGAAGCACCAGGCCGUGGCGCUGCGAGUCCAAUCCGACAGAUCGAUCUUCUACAACUGUCGAAUGGAUGGAUACCAAGACACGUUGUACGCACAGACUCACCGUCAUUUCUAUCGCGACUGCGUCAUCACUGGCACCAUCGACUUCGUGUUUGGAAACUCAGCCGCCAUCUUCCAAAACUGCAAGCUAGUGGUCCGAAAGCCACUGGACAACCAGCAGUGCAUCGUGACGGCUCAUGGGCGGCUCGGGAAGCGUGAGCCGACUGCACUCGUGUUUCAGGGUUGUCAUUUUACAUCUGACCCAACGUACUACCCGCACCGAGCCGUGAACAAGGCGUACUUGGGGAGGCCAUGGAAGGCAUAUUCUCGAACCAUCAUCAUGCAGUCUCAAAUCGACGACCUAAUCCAACCCGAGGGAUGGCUACCGUGGAUGGGCAACUUUGGGCUGAACACAUUGUUCUACGCUGAGUUGCAGAACACAGGACCGGGGGCAGACAAAAGCAAGAGAGUGAAGUGGCGCGGGAUUAAAGAGAUCACACCGAAACAUGCCGUUGAUUUCACCCCGAGACCCUUCAUCGAUGGUGACGCUUGGAUCAAGCCUAAAGGAAUCCCCUACUCAUCUUACAUGAUGUAACCAAUAAAUUUUAAAUUAAUUAUUAUUAACAUUUUUCCCUUU